CACGUGCAAUCUGUUUAACAUCACCGGACCCUCAGCUUCAAUGUCUUUCACAUUAGAGCAGUCGUUUCGGCGACUUUCUUUACGGCCGUCGGCGCUGCGACAAAUCUGUCGUCGCAAUAUCUCGUCAUCCGAUGGACCUUCACAACCACGACCGACCGCCAGCAACUCCCUUUUCCACUCUCUCAGGCAAUUCGUCAGGGAACACUCCGCGGUCAUUAUUCUCGCGACCACAACCCAACAGCCGCGCGACGACAUCACCCUUCCCUUCCCAAGCGACCACCUCAGAGCCCUCGCUAGAUUCCAACGACGGCAAUUACUCCGCUACUGCUGCCAUCAUUGCUCAGUCCGCACAGAAUUACACUGCUGCCCAUCUUGACAUUGCGACUAAAUCGCUUGUAAGCGCUGGCCAAGGUUCAGGCGAGGCCUUGCGUCUAGAGGCUAUCGCAAACGGACAAAGAGGUUACACGUCCCAGGAUCUGGACAAGCAAGUGACGCGGCGAUGGCGGGCGGGAGAUGUAUAUGCCCCGCAUGAUCUGAGUGGGAUUGAGAUGGCCAAAUGGAAGAGGCUGAGGAGGAAGGAUCGCCCACGGUAUGAUGUGUUGGAUCUGUUGGGAAUUGAUCCAUUGUUGCAUUACAAGAACUUCAGCAUCAUGUCGGAGUACAUGACCUCAAUGGGUCGCAUCAAGCACAUCAGCGAGACCGGCCUCCGACCCGUCAAUCAGCGGAAAAUGGCAAAGGCCAUUCGCCGAGCAAUCGGCAUCGGUCUCAUCCCGAGCACCCACGCACAUCCCGAAAUGUUCGAUCGAAGAUUCCUGCGGUAGAAGCAAGAUUUUGGUCCUGGCAAAUGAGACGGAAGGUAUGGAAGAUGGGCAAGAGAGACAUGAGGGUAGUGGAAUCACGGCCUUCCCUGCGAGUGCGAUUGUCAGUCGACUCAGCGUUUGCAUGGGGAACGCGGGUCUGUUCCGAAGACGGAACCGAUCAAUGUGUUUGACCCGUAUGGGCCAAUCUGUUCACAUAUUACAAAAUUCUUUCUUGUAA